AUGGCGCCAGGGGGAGGACCCACGUCGGAGGCCCCUGGUAUUGUGCCACAAGGAAGUCCCGAAGUCCUGGCCUUGGCAUAUGCUAUAAAUGAGAUCAACAGCAACUCCAAGAUUUUACCAAAUGUGACUCUGGGGUUCCACAGCCAACAUGCCUACCACAUUCAGGGAAGAAACUAUCAGACCAUUCUGAGACUUCUAUCUGGCUCAGAGAGGAAUGUCCCCAACUAUAGUUGUGAUGUCCAGAAGAAACCAAUAGCUUUCAUUGGAGGACCAGACUCUGAAACCUCUCUUUCGAUGGCUGGCAUUUUAACUACCUACAAGAUUCCACAGAUCAGUUAUUCAUUUUCCAGGGAGAAACACGAUAAAGCCAAGAUCCCUUCCUUGUACCGCACAAUCCCCAGUGAAGCAGAUCAGAAUGAUGGGAUUGCACAGCUACUCCUGCAUUUCCAAUGGAAAUGGGUCGGGAUCAUUGCACCGGAUGAUGAGAAAGGAGAAGGUUUCAUACAGGCGCUGCCCCCAGUGCUUUCCAAGAAAGGUAUCUGCACUGCUUUCACGGAAAAAGUGCCACCUUCUUCUCUCUGCAAUGAGAAUUGCCACCCCGGUUACAGUAAGAAAAAGCAGGAGGGGAAACCAUUUUGCUGCUAUGAUUGUAUUUUAUGUCCAGAUGGAAAGAUUUCGAACCAGACAGAUAUGGACGAUUGUUUCAAAUGCCCAGAAGACCAGUAUCCAAAUCAAAACCAAGAUCAAUGCCUUCACAAGCGCUUAAACUUUCUGUCAUACUAUGAAACAUUGGGCAUCACUUUGUGUGUUUUGGCCUGUGGUUUGGCUCUGAUCACUGCUUGGACACUGAGAAUCUUUAUCAAGCAUCAACACACUCCCAUCGUCAAAGCCAAUAAUCGUGGUCUCUCUUACAUUCUACUAACUUCUCUCUUCCUCUGUUUCCUCUCAGCACUAUUAUUCAUUAUCCAUCCUGGGACGGUCAUCUGCCCUCUUCGACAAGUGGCUUUUGGCCUCAUCUUCUCAGUGGCUGUCUCUUGCGUCUUGGCCAAAACCAUGACUGUGGUUGUGGCUUACAUGGCUACCAAGCCAGGAUCCAGCAUGAGGAAAUGGGUGGGGAAAAGGCUUGCAUUCCCCAUUGUUGUUUCAGGCUCCCUCAUUCAAGUAGUUAUUUGCCUCAUCUGGCUAUGCACCACUCCUCCAUUUCCAAAUGUUGAAAUGCACUCUCUGGCUGAGGAGAUAGUGAUAGAGUGUAGUAAAGGGUCAGUUGUCAUGUUUAAUUGUGUUUUGGGGUUCUUAGGAUUCUUGGCUCUGGUGAGCUUCAUUGUAGCCUUCCUUGCUAGGCAUUUGCCUAGCACUUUUAAUGAAGCCAAAUUAAUCACUUUCAGCAUGUUGGUCUUUUGCAGUGUUUGGCUAUCAUUUGUUCCAUCGUACCUGAGCACCAAGGGCAAAUAUAUGGUAGCUGUGGAGAUCUUCUCCAUCUUGUCUUCUGGUUCUGGAUUAUUAUUUUGCAUCUUUGCCCCUAAAUGUUUUAUAAUUCUCCUGCGGCCUAACCUAAAUAGCAAGAACUAUAUAAUAACUAAACAUGGUCAGGAGAAAUAG